UGUCAUUGAGAUAUUUACAUUUAGUGCUACAUCACUGCUUUUUAAACAAAGGAUCAGUGUAAUUUUCUUUGUUUUUUAAUAAUAAAAAAUAAAGAAAUAAAUAUGGAAAUUGUGUUAAAUUAUCGUUUAUUGAUUCAAACAUCAACGCCAAUUAAAAUAAGUGAUGUGAAUUUAAAAAAUAAAGUAGAAGAACUACGAAAUGAAGCAGCAGGAAAAACUAACCUACAAAAGGAUACAUUUGAACUAAUAUAUUGUGGUUGUAUUUUGGAAGAUGACACUACUCUUGAAUCGUGUGGUUUAAAAAAUGGUGCAAUGAUUCAUGUAUUGAGAAAAAAAAUUCCAGAAGAACCAGCACACGUGAAACCAUUUUCCGACAAUAAUAUUACACAACUUGCAAGUGCAUUUCGUUCAUUUAAUGAAAAUCCAGCACUUAGAAGUGCUUUACACCGUCUAAGCAAGAGGCCUGAAGUUAUUGAAAAUAUUAUAUCAUCAUCACCGGGUCUUGGACAGGACACUGUAGCAAUUGCAAUGUUACAAGAUCCUGAUUUAAUGGCUCAUUUCACAGAUCCGGCAACUGUGAAAAGAAUUGCUGAAUUACAUCCACUGCUUGUUGAGGCAGCACAACAUAUUUCAACGGCUGUUCAUGAGGAAGCACAUAAUGCGGCAACAAAUACAGAUCCUUCAAAUUCAACUGCAUCGACAACAGCAUAUUCAUAUAGUUUGGAUAAUUUAAGUGACGAUGAAGAAAUGGCAGGCGAUUCAUCGCAAUCGUCUGAUUCAACACAACCAUCGCUAUUAAAUAGAUAUCCAUCGAAUUCGGCUGUAACAACUGCUCAAUUAGCUGCAGCACUAUCGAGAACUGGAGCAAGAGGAUUUCCCUAUAGUGGUGGUACAUUAUCAUCUUCAUCAUCAUCAUCGAGAGCGAGUAGAAAUUCAGGUGUUAUUACAACUGAAAUGUUUUCACAAGCAAUGCAACAGGCAUUUGCAUUUAAUCCAUCGUCAAAUGUUUCAACACCAUCAACACCAACAUCACCACCGCAAUCAGUCGAUAUACAAAGACAAUUAGCGCAAAUGCACGAAAUUGGACUUUUAGACGAUUCCGUUAAUCUUCAAGCACUUCAAAUUACAAAUGGUGAUGUACAAGCGGCAAUUGAAUUAGUAUUUAGCGGAUUCAGUGAUAAUUAAAAUUCCCUCUUUUUUUUUUUUGUUGCGAAAAUGGAAUUUCAAUGAUAAAUUAAUUUUUUUAGACUUAAAGUCAUGUGAAUGGGAUAUUUUUAAAAAUUUGAUUCGAUUUGAAUUCAAUUUUUGUUUACAAUACUUAAAAAUGUUUUUCAUAUUUAAAUUCAAAAAUUUCGUCUCUACGUUCAAAAUAUUUUGCAAUAGAUGACAAAAAACUGAAAGAACAAAACUUGAAUUUUAGAUUUUCUUUUUAAUUUAAAAAUAAAAUCCUAACAUGCACUUAAGGCCUUAAAUUAUUGAAACGUCUGUAAUUUUCUCAAAAUUUGUUUAACAUUAUUCUUUUACCAAAAAGAAAAAUAAUGUCUUUUAUUUAUUAAAAUUGAUAUUUUCAAUUGAUACUGAUACUUAUCGAAAAAAUAACAAUAUGAAGAUAAAUAAAAAUUAGAAUUAGUAUUUAUUAUUAUUAUUUAAAAAUAGAAAAGUAUAAUUUUUUUUUUUUUUUUUUUUUUUUGCUAAAAGAAAAUGAAGUUAGACAAAUAAGUAGAGAUAAUUUAGACGUCACAAAAAUUAUUUUUAGAAAGUUUCGCUCAACUAAGAAGCAAUAAGAAAAAAAAACUUUCGAAAAAAAAACCGACUGAUAUAAAAGUAGAUUGCUAAGCGAUCAUAGAGUUAAUAAUAAUAAUAAAAAUUAAUGAAUGCGAAUAAACCAGAAUUUUUUUUUAUAAUAAAUGAUUUACAAUCGCUUACAUUAACAGUUUUGAAAAUUAUUGUUUUUAUUAAUUUCUAAUCUUAAAAUAAACUAUUUUAUUAGGUGAAUAAUAUGGUAUGAUUGUACAAUCAAGAACAAGUUUUUUUUUAUGCAUAAUAUACGUGCAUUGUUUGCGAGAUAGUCGAUUAUAAUAAAAUUAAUCAAGAG